AUGGAGAAUCUCGGCGAUGGAGCAAACUAUCCCUAUGUUAAUCCAUUUGUCCUUGAAUAUGGUGAGACUGUCGAAAUUAUCCUCAACAAUAAUGAUCCAGGCAAGCAUCCUUUCCACUUGCAUGGACAUAACUUCCAAACCAUUUACCGCUCCCCCAAGGACGGCAGACCAUUCGAUACUUCUAUCAACCCAACAUUCCCAAAAGUACCAAUGCGACGAGACACCAUCCUCGUGAAUGCAAACGGGAAUGCAGUGCUUCGCUUCAAGGCCGAUAAUCCUGGAGUAUGGCUAUUUCACUGCCAUAUAGAAUGGCAUAUGGAUAGCGGCUUAGUCGCAACCAUAAUCGAAGCUCCCUUACAGCUUCGCGAAUCCAAGAAACGUCAUUCCAUUCCGGAAUCACACUACGCGACAUGCCGUGCAGCUCGUCAUCUAUAUGAAGGCAAUGCCGGUGGAAAUACGGAAAAUUUCCUGGAUUUGUCGAAUCAGAAUGUGCCUCCGCUGCCGUUGGCGUCUGGAUUCCAGCCGAGAGGGAUUGUGGCCUUAGUGUUUAGUGCGAUUGCCGCAGUGAUUGGGACUGCGGUUAUUGUAUGGUACGGACUGGAUGAGAUCAAAGGGAAGACCGACGAAGGCGAAUAG